AGAGUACUUUAAGAUAUAUUUCCACUUUCUCUCAACCACCAAACCUCUCCCACACCACCGUCACCGGAGCUCCGACAUGACCUCAAAAGACUGUGGCUCUCACCACAGCCACUCAUCAUCAUGCAACCGUAAAAUCAUCCGCCGUGUGAUCUGUCCAAUAAUAAUAAUCCUCUUCAUAAUCCUUCUCGUAAUUCUCCUAGUUUGGGCAAUCCUUCAACCAUCAAAACCACGCUUCAUCCUCCAAGACGCCACCGUCUUCAACUUCAACGUCUCCGGCAAUCCACCGAACCUCCUCACCUCAAAUUUCCAAAUGACUCUCUCCUCUCGUAACCCAAACGACAAGAUCGGAAUCUACUACGACCGUCUUGACGUCUAUGCUUCUUACCGGAGCCAACAGAUCACUUUUCCGACUUCGAUGCCUACCACUUAUCAAGGACACAAAGAAGUCAACGUUUGGUCUCCUUUCGUCGGUGGAUAUUCUGUCCCCGUGGCUCCAUACAACGCCUUGUAUCUCGAUCAGGACCAUACACGUGGCGCGAUCAUGUUGGUGCUUCAUCUCGACGGCAGAGUUCGUUGGAAAGUCGGUUCUUUCAUCACCGGAAAAUAUCAUCUCCACGUUAGAUGUCCGGCGUUUAUCAACUUCGGAAAUAGUGCUUCCGGAGUUAUCGUCGGAAAUAACGCCGUUAAGUACACGCUCACCACAACUUGUAGUGUUAGUGUCUGAAAAAACAAAGACUUUAACGGUGA